AUGUCUGUCCCACGAAAUCCGGAUUAUCAGCAGAAUCCCUCGACUGUGUUGCGCCACGUGGCGCUUCUCCAUUCAUCCGCUGCCGCGCACGUGACAAGUGGCGGCGGCGAUUCGAGGGGAAGCAGUGAGGACGCUUCUGAGGCAGGAGCUGCGGGUUCGCAGGGAGGUCAUGAGACGCACAGCGCGAAUUCCUCUGGUGCUGCUGCUGCCGGCGAUUCUGCAGGGACCAGCAGCAGCAGCAGCAGUGGCAGUGGCGAGGAGGGAGAGGGCGUGAAGGCUGCAGUUUUGCAAGCUGCAUUGACUCAUGUGCCCACGCUAGGGUGGAGCAGUGCGGCGCUGAUAGCGGGCGCCAGGGACAACGGCCUCUCGCCCUCCGUGCUGGGAAUGCUGCCCCGGGGGGAGGCGCACCUGGUGGAGUUCUUCAUGGACCGGUGUCGCAAGCAGUUCGAGGCGGAGUUCCCCCACACGCCCAUCGCAGUCGCCACUGCUGCUCCCGGCACCACCCCGCACACCCACAGCAGCAGCCACAGCAGCGGAGGGCAGGCGUGCGGGGCCAGGUACGAGGAGGGGGACUCGUUGGCGCUGCAGAGCCGCAUGGCGGCUGCUAUUCGCACACGCCUUCGCGUGCAGGCGCCCUACACGUCCUCAUGGGCGCAGGCGCUUGCCAUCCAGGCGCGGCCGUCCAACGCGUGCGAAUCAUUGCGGCAGCGGCGGCAGCUGGCAGCGAGCAUGUGGAGUGCGGUGGGCGUGCGGUGCAGCGACACACAGCUGCUGGCUUACCGUGUGCUGCUCGGCUCUGCCUAUGCUGCCGCGGAGGUCCACAUGCUCACUGACUUCUCGCCAGACUUCCAUGACACGUGGCGGUUUGUGGACCGUGAGAUGCAGGCAGCGUUUCAGAUACAGGGGUCAGCAGACAGACUCGUGAAAGUGUUUCUGGAAACCUACUCCCAGCACCAUGACCCUCCUCACUCCCCUUCCCUGUCAUCUCACUGCCUGCCCUCUGCCAACCCUUCCCUCUGCCAACCCUUCCCUCUGCCAACCCUUCCCUCUGCCAACCCUCCGUUCCCGGCUUCCCCCCACGCGCUGCAGGCCCAAGCAUGUGACAGCAUACCAGCCAUCAAGACCGCUCUUUCCAUCCUCUCCAAACCGCCCUCCACUCGCCAGGCGUAG